ACUGCUCUCAUCGCCCAGUGGUGAGCCUCCGCGUGAGUUCUCGCGACAAUGUUUUCUCCUGGAUACUCCCUUUAAGAGUCUCUCUAAACUCUAAAGGACACCGCGUAACUCGGGAACUGUUGCUCAUCUGAUUCCAGCUCGAUCACGAUGUGGCUCGUCAUCGCGGUUUUCGUGUGUUCGGCAGCCGCGCGAGCUCCCGAGUUCGUUGUCGACUACGACAACAACUGCUUCUCGAGGGACGGAAAACCAUUCCAGAUGAUCUCUGGAAGUCUCCAUUACUUCAACGUUCCCGAACAAUUAUGGGAGGACCGGCUACUCGCCAUGCGGAACUGCGGUGUGAACACAGUGCAAACAUACGUCGAAUGGCGAACCCUCGAGCCCCGGAACAACGUGUUCGACUUCACGGGCCGGAACAACAUUACCCGUUUCAUCAAAAUCGCACAGAAAGUCGGAUUAUUGGUGAACCUCCGCCCCGGACCGUAUAUUUGUUCGGAAAGAGAAAUGGGUGGAUUGCCGUGGUGGUUGAUGCAAGUGAACCCGAGGAUGAAAAUCCGCACCAACGAUGCAGAAUACAUGUCAUUCGUCGAGCGUUACUGGAGGAAACUCCUACCGCUGUUGAGACCCCUUCUUUAUUCACGAGGAGGCCCCAUAAUCUUGGUCCAGAUCGAGAACGAGUACGGAAGCUAUUCGGCAUGUGAUUUCUCAUACACGGCGGCGCUCCGGGACUUGGCGAUGAGUUUACUCGGCGAGAACGUAGUGUACUACUCGACCGAUGGAGACCGCGACGGUGACUUGAAAUGCGGGAAAAACGAAGGCGUUUUCACGACCGUCGAUUUCGGUGUGACCAGUGAUGUGAAGAGCAGUUUCGCGGCGCAGAGGAGACAUCAAAUGAAAGGUCCCCUAGUCAACUCCGAAUAUUACACGGGCUGGCUCGAUCAUUGGGGCGGUAUCCACGAAACCGUCCCAACCGCAGCCGUUGUGCGCUCGCUCGACGAAAUGUUGGCAAUGAACGCCUCGGUCAAUAUGUACAUGUUCCAUGGGGGUACGAACUUCGGCUUUGACAACGGCGCCAAUUUGGACUCCGUCUACCAGCCCUGUCCUACGACUUACGACUACGAUGCGCCUCUCACGGAAGCUGGGGAUCCUACGGAAAAAUAUUUCGCCAUAAAAAAUGUCAUCAGAAAAUACGCUCCUGUCCCUGAUGACGACCCCGUCGCCAAACCGAAGCUCGCGCUCGGGAAUAUACUGCUGAGGAAGAAACUAGAUCUUGAAACUACCGUGGGCGUGCUCGAGAACCUGAUGAAAGUUCAUAAGUCUACGAACCCCAUGUCAUUCGAAGAUGUGGACCAGCCGUACGGAUUAGUAGCUUACGAGACAACAAUCUCAUUCAGACCGUUCAGUCCAUCGUUGCUCAAGGUACCGGGUCUCAAAGACCGCGGCUACGUCUACGUAGAUUACGAGCUCAGAGGGAUCCUAUCUCGAGAAGCUGGCAUCUACGAGAUGCCGUUGAAAAUUCGUCAGAACCAAACACUGACGAUUCUUGUGGAGAACCAGGGUCGGGUGAAUUUCGGGGACGGCAUUCUGGACCCGAAAGGCAUCGUGAAGCCCGUACAACUGGGUUCUCGGACUCUGAUGAAUUGGAGAAACAUCCCACUGCCUGAGCAAAGUGGAGGAUCCUACGGCUUCUCGACUUUGGAAAUGUUCGCUCACGAUGUCCAAGCCGGAUUCUCGAAGCAUUUCACGAGUUCGAGGGAUCUUACAGGGUUUGGGGUCUAUGAGGGAAGCUUCCAGAUUCCCGAUAGAAACCAAGUGCUCCUGGACACGUAUAUUCACCCCUCCGGAUGGGGAAAAGGAUACUUGUACAUUAACGGUGUCAAUCUCGGUCGAUACUGGCCUGAUCAAGGCCCUCAGGUCACGCUUUACGUCCCGUCACCUUUUCUCAAGCUAGGAAGAAACAACAUUACGGUAGUGGAGCUCGAGACGGCGCCCUUGAAUCGGAUGAUUGUCUCCGUCGACAAGCCCGUCAUCGACGGACCAGUUCCCCAAUGAAUUUCUCCCGCGACACCGGCAUGAGGCGUAAUACAGUUUUCUUUCGUCAAUUACUCGCGGAGACAACCCACAAUAAAAGGCUGAGCGAGCCGCGGACACCCUCCCGAAAA